AAAUACAAAAAGCCAAGGACAAGCCAAGGAUGCAGCAGGAUGGCUUGUUGGGUCGUGCGCGGGGCGAAUACAACUAUGCGCACUUGGAUAUCAGAGACGCUUGGCGACACGAUCCCCCAGAUAAAUCGUGGCAGGGCUCAAGCACACUCGCGAUCCUCACGAACAUCAAGAAAUAUGUCCUACGUCGCACCCCUGCUGCUUCUCAGAGCUUCCAAUUUCUGCCAUCGUUUAACCGGCGCACCCGUGGAGCCCUCAGAGUCCACACAGAGUCGACACCGUUUGAGACGGCUCGCUUUGUUUUUCUGUGCGUCAUCUGGUAUACAACCUCUGCCCUCUCUUCCAACACGGGAAAGGCCAUCCUCAUCCAAUUCCGCUAUCCUGUUUCGUUGACCAUCAUUCAGUUUGCCUUCGUGGCCGCCUACUGCCUCAUGUUCAUGUCACCCCUAAUACAGUUCUCCCGACUACGGUACCCAACUCGCAGUAUUUUGAUGACUACCCUACCAAUGGGCGCAUUCCAGGUCGGUGGCCACAUGUUCUCUAGCAUGGCAAUCUCCAGAAUACCUGUCAGCACUGUCCAUACCAUUAAGGCAUUGUCGCCUCUCUUCACAGUUGGAGCGUAUGCCAUGCUCUUUGGAGUCAAGUACUCUAUAAAGACAUACAUAUCUCUCCUCCCGCUCAUAGUUGGUGUGAUGCUGGCAUUCACCUUUGACGUCUCGGCCUCCAGUCCUACUGGUCUGUUUUGUGCCUUUGGGUCUGCUCUCGUCUUCGUCAGCCAAAAUAUUUUUUUCAAGAAGGUCAUGCCAUCUGGAUCUCAAACGACUCCUGAUAAGCUCGACAAACUUAAUCUGCUACUUUACUCCUCGAGUAUGGCAUUCAUUUUGAUGGUCCCCAUUUGGAGCUUCACCGACCUUCCACGCCUUCUCAGCACACAGUAUAACUCGCAUCCUAACCCAUUCUCGUUCUCACUCGUCUGUCACUUCGUCAUGAAUGGCUCAGUGAACUUCGCACAGAAUAUCACAGCUUUCGUGAUCCUAUCUUCCACCUCCCCGGUUACCUACUCCAUCGCCUCCCUCAUCAAACGAGUAUGGGUCAUUUGUAUGGCUAUCGUUUGGUUCAACCAAAGUAUCCAUCCGAUCCAAGGUUUUGGCAUUGCUUUGACGUUUGUUGGACUCUGGAUGUACAAUGCAUCUAAGAGCGACGUGGAGAAGGGAGAGAAGACGAUGAGGAGGGUAGAAGCCAUACGCAACAUGGUGUUGCCGUCAACUCGCGCAGACGAGAAGCUACUGAAUGGGAGUGUGCCAUCGUCUCCGAGGUUGAGAGUAGCAGAAACGAAUUCUUCCACAGUUGCAACUGGUCUUGCCAGAGUCCAGUAUACUGCUGGAGUUCCACAGGAUGGUUACUCACAGUCGCGGGGGCUGCAUAUCGACAUAUCUUCACCUGACUUGUUUCCCGCAUUUUCGAAGCGCACCACAGUUAUCUCUCCUACAGGACCAUAUCCAUCUCCUCCUCUUUCAGUAGACUCACCCUCAGUUCAACUGGAGACAUUUGACUAUAAUAGCUCGCCCUCUCACCUGGUCAAUCUCCCGUAUUCUUCUAUGCGGGUAGAACAAGUUUCUGCGUAGAAUGUGUAUUUAUUCAACGUGAUUUACUUUUAUUAGUCCCACGAUAGACUCGGAUUCGUUAC